AUGGAUGAACUACACAAGCAGCUGACAGCCCUCCUGGGUAAAGGAUUCAUCGAGCCUAGUAAGUCCCCGUACGGAGCCCCGGUGUUCUUUGUUAAGAAGGCCGAUGGGUCAUUACGAAUCGUGCCCGCAGACUUCAUUCUGGGAACGGGAGCGCGGAGAACUAGGCCAGACUGGAUCCAAGCCAGAUCUGAUGCGCUUAAGAAAGCGCAGGAUAGUAUUGUCGCGGCUCAAGCCCGCCAGGCCCUGUAUGCCGACAGGGGUAGGAGUCCUAGCCGUCUCAAGGUGGGAGACCUGGCCCUGGUCUAUAGAGACUUUCUGAUAUCACCGGAGGCCCGACAACAGCCAUCGAGGAAGCUACAACCAAAAUGGUUUGGGCCUUUCCGCGUCGUUCGGGAGGUGGGCUCGAACGCCUACGAAUUGGAGCUGCCGUCCGUUUUCCGCUGUCAUCCUGUAGUCAACGUCACUGCCCUGCGACACUACGAACAGAACACCAUUCCCAACAGACGCCAGCCAGUGCCCCCUCCGUUUAUGGAUCUGGACGGAAACACCCGCUAUAUGGUGGAGGCCAUCCUGAAGCACAGAGAUGACCGGGGUGAGCGCCAGUACUUGGUGCAUUGGAAGGGUUACCCCGUUGGCGAGGCAACAUGGGAGCCCAUUAGUAACUUGGUUGACGAGUCAGGUAAAAACAUUGUCCAGCUGCGGAACUAUCUCACUAGUCUACGCAAGUGA